AUGGACGAGCGAGAGGUUGACUUGAUUGAUAUUCUAGAGAUAGUGGAAGAUUUUGAGCUAGAUAAAAGUAUGAAAUUGAGUAAAAGUGUUAGUGUUAGGGCCAAAGUAAAUGAGAGUGUGCUUGAAUAUAAGAGUUAUAGAGAUGCCAUUUUGGAAGGGCCGAGGCAAAUGGCAGAGCGAGCAGUUGAUACAAACUAUAGUGAAGAUGAGAGUAAGCUAGAGCUGUAUACUGAUGCGAGUAAGUUUGGUAUGGGAGGGCAUUUACUGCAGAUGCAAGAGGUGAAUGGGAAGGAACGGCUGAGAGUAAUUGCACAUACAGGUGUUUAUGGCGAGGCAGACUUCAUCGCAGCUGAAUGCAGGGAAGCACAGACAACUGACCAUGACAACAGAUCUCAACAGAUUCCAUCAACAGUAGUUAGUCCAUCAACAUCAGCAGACCCUUCAACAGCAGUCAGUCCAUCAACAGCAGCAGGUCCAUCAACAGCAGCAGGCCCAUCAACAGCAGUAGGACCAUCAACAGCAUCAGAUCCAUCAGUAGUAGCAAGUCCAUCAACUGCAACUGGUCCAUCAACAGCAACAGGCCCAUCAACAGCAGUGGUUCCAUCAACAGCAGAAAGUCCAUCAACAGUGGCAGGCCCAUCAAAAGCAGUAGGUCCGUCAACAGCAGCAGAUCCAUCAACAGAAGGAAGUCCAUCAACGGCAGCAGGUACCCUUAUAUCUACAGAGUUUACCUGCCCAUACACCACUACCCCAGUUACACAAGCAAAGAAGGUGACUAAGAGAGGUCGCAAAGGUCUGAAAGUAUGUGUUUUGAGAUGGUCUCCACUUAAGGAGGCACUAAAGACCUCAUCAGGAAAUAAGUGCAGUUGGACAGAAGAAAGCAGUUACCAAAGAAACAACAUCCAAAUUGUAAAAGUAAGAAGAUCGAUGCGUCAGCAAGCAGCGCGGAGUUAA